AUGCCUCCAGCCUACCAUGGAGACGCGACAAAGACCACCACCGCGCCGCCGUCCAAGAGAUCUAUCCAGACCGAUCCCAAGGCCAGCGGCGAUUUCCAGAUUCCCACCGCUUUCGACUCGGCGCUGUCUAAUAAUUUCACAAACAGUUGCGCAACUUUCUUCAAGACCAUGCUCACGAGCGAGACCGUCACCGGAUGCCAUCCGUUCUCCUUGAUGCUACGGACGUCGAAUUCACUCUUCAAAGCCUCCAAGUCGUUUGUCCGUAUCACGCAAACCCUAGAGACAAUGUGCGCCGCGAAUUCGACACAAUGCACAGUCGGCAUGAACGAUCUAGCUCGCCAACUUCUGACCAACGAUGCCUGCAAAACCGACUACGACAACAACAACCCGCAAGUGGUACAGGCAUACAAUGGACUGAUCUCGUAUGAGCCAAUGUACUCUGCUAGUUGCUUAAAGGAUGACGAUGGCGACUAUUGUUACGCCAACGCCGUCACCAACACCACGUCUGAAGGUGUCGACGCUAUACCCUACUAUCUGCCAUUGGGUGUGCCCAUGCACAGCGGCGCGCGCCCGACGUGCAACUCCUGCCUCCAGGACGAAAUGGCCAUCUUCUCUCAAUACGCUGCCAAUGCCACGCAACCCGUGAGUCAGACUUACUCGAGCGCUGCCGACACCAUAUCCAUGUAUUGCGGAACCGCAUUCGUCAACGUAACCGCCGCCCCUCUCAAAGGCGCUGCCUCCACCUCGACCGUAGCCUUCACACCGACGAUAUCCCUGUUGAUAAUGUUUUUCUUCUUCCUCUUCCAAUAA